AUGCCGGAUUUAGUCCCACUGUUCCCAUUGGUAGCGAGGAUUUAUAUUCCCACCACAUCCACUAGUCGACGGGGUCAAGCAGCUACACUGUACAGUAACGCGAUCUUGUCCCGGACACUCGAUUUGACUCUGGAUAACAGACUGACCAUCCAUAUGCAAGUUGGUGGGGUGCUACGCAUUUACGACAACUGCUUCUCUAAGCCGGUAAGUGCAAUUCAGUUUUUCGCCGCACAUUCGGCUCCAUCCUACAAUCCUUCGAUCCGCCAGCUUUACAUAUCCAAAACCACUAGUUCCGAGGAGGUAAUCAAACUUGUUAUGACAAUCGUUGGAUCUGCAGAUGACCCACAAGCCUAUUGCCUGGUGGAGGAGGAAGCAAAUGAUAAGGCGCCCGGUCGUAUCAUUCGAGACCACGAGUACCCUUUGCUGAUUUCACGAACCAGUGGAAUAAACGGCGUACUUAUUCUACGGCGAAGAGAAGAGGUUGUGAAGGCUGGAAAAGAUAAAAAGAAGCCAUGGCCAAAGGAAAAUGAUGAAGAAGGCAACAAUCCACUUAAUGUUAUUCCCCGACUGUUCAGAAGCUUCCGCCGUAGUAAAACGUUAGAUCUACCCAGAACGAGCACCACCACACCCACCCAGCUCCCUCAAAGCUCACUUCGACAAUCAUCACCGUCCCCUGCCCACUUACCACUGUCAAAAAGUCCUCACCGUGUGCACUACGAUUUGGGAGUGAAGGAAUCCACAGGAGAAAAAGAUCGGAAUUGGGUGAACCCAUAUUAUCGACCACUAGACAGACACGUAUUCAGUGGAUCAACACCUACCGGAUUAGGAGCUGCACCUCAGGAUAUGCAUCACAGCAGCUCCAACUGGUCUUUAGCUCCGUCUGGAGUUUUCAACACAUCAAUACCCGGAAGACAAUUCCCAACCCCUCCGCUACAAACUUACCGUAUUUCAUCCACAACGCGUGAUUUAAAAUCACGCCAGACAACGUUGCCAUGGGCCUACAAGUACCAAGACGACGAGUCGGGCACUUUGAACCCUACCGAAUCAACCAUAAACAACCAGCCGGUUAGCCAAGAAAACAUUGACUGUGCCACACUGAAUAGAACUAACAGGCAACCUCCUUCAGCUCACCUCGUCGAGUCCUGCAGUGAAGUUUCAAUCCGACAGGCAGCGAACCUACAGGGACGAGAUCCAAAUAUGUCCCCAUCGACGUUCCAGAUUCCUAAGCAGUCACAAGUGUGUGCCAGCUCAACGCCUUCAGAGCAAUGUAUGAGUGAGCUAGAGAAAGUCUGGGCAAGAAAACACAUACUUCGAUACAAAACAAUCGGAAAUCCUCUGUUAUUCAAUGAAAGUUUAUCGAACGACGUGCGACAUCAUUCGCAGCAUCCUACUCUACAACCGAUUCAGAACAACCACUCCCCCGUAAGCACAUCAACAAGAAAUCAAUCUUCAGGACUCAGUUCUGCAAAGCUUUUGUUUGCACCACAGACCAGGAAUAAGCGAAGUUCUCCCAUUACAAUGAUAGACAUGUCCCGAGGGAAAACAACCAAGCAAAAUGCAAUUUCAAAACCUUUGGCAAGGCCGGCGCAAACAGGCUCAGAUACGAUCCCCGACCAGCUCCGCAACGCGGAGCAACUCGAACAGGACAGACCUGUGGGUACACCAACGAAGGCAACACAACCUGUUAGACCAAAUUUAUACUCACCACAUACCUUUCAAGGCGUGUCAUAUUUACUGCAGGUUAGCUUUAAAUUCGAAUCCUUACGAUCAUUAAUCCAAACAAUCGAAAUUGUCACGGAGAAGCAAAUUCUCACUCCAAGAGCUUGUCCUUCACGAACCGGAACCCUGAGAAAAAUGACACCGCCCGUAACUACGGUAACGCAACAGCCCACUGCGGACAUGGAGGCACCAACGCCAAAUGUACCCUGUCGAAAAGGGGAAAACGGAAUUCAUCAUUUCCCGAGAUCCGUUGGUGGGGCUAAAAACAUCAAGUCGACGUCGCCAUCCAGACUGACAAACCAAGAAGACGACCCAACGUACACCACAUCUGAAAAUGAGUAUCAUCGAUCUUUGGACGUGACUGCUGUUACGUCAGAGAAUAAGUUUACCCUGACCGCAAAACUGCCGACAAUGGGCCAAUCACUAAACGCUACGCAUUUAAAGAUCGCGCUACCAACAACUAUAGACAUACACGACGAACCUGCUCAAACUGUACCUACAUUGUCCUCAGCAAUGAAGCCAACAAUAAGAGCAGUCACCAAUCAAAAAGUAGCUAUGGGAGUCCCGGAUCCCAAGGAAGAGGACAAUCAAUCAAACUUGAUGGAAGACAAAGGUAGAACAAAUAGAAAUGAACGUGAAUUUCCCAAUCUGGCAGCUCCAUUUCCGUCAUUGUUUGAUGUGUUACAUCAUUGUAAAGUAACUCGCGUUGUUCUCGACCCUAACAUUCCAAGCACUCACAAACAAUUAGGCCUCAGUCUUUUUCUGACGAAAUUCCCCAUGGAUGAUAUACAACGUGCAAACAACCUUCAACAACUCAAGAACAACGAAAUAGAACACUACUCCAACUCGUUUGUGAACUCUGGUCAGAAUUUAAGCCUCGCUGGUGGUCCCAAGGGUCCAAAGCCAGCCAUUUACCCCCGGGAGGGUGGUGUCUUCAAACCACUUGAUUAUAAACCCAAUGAAGAAGGUCCCGAAGUUGUCACCAUAGCCGAUCUCGUGCCCAACACCCCAGCAAGCAUUGAAGGUGGUCUAUCGGUGGGCAUGAUUCUGCUGGAAAUCAACGGGGAACCGUUAUCAAAACCCACACUGUCAACAGACCCACAGGUUAAUGCCAAAAGCCCACUUGAACUGGCUGAGUACCAUUUGCAGACUGCUUAUCGAACGGCCAAGCGAGGACGAGCACCAAUGGUACGAAUCACCGCUGCUCGCUACCAUAACAAGUUUGGGGUCGAAAACAAAGCGAGAAGAUGGGAGCGCAGUGCAGGAGGGUUCCGCAACAGUUCACCAUGUUCAAUGACUACACAAGGGGAAAAUGAUUCGGAGAAGAAACUCCCCAAUUCGAUCUUGACCAGUUAUCUUAAUGGAACCACGUCCUACAGAAAAACGGGAGUAAGUUUUUCGCUGCUGGAGGAUUAUUUUUUGUUCAAUCAAUCGAUGACCACAGCAGUCACCAGGCCCUAG